AUAACAAAGGCAUUAGUUGUUCGAUAUAAGUCAAUAUAAAAAUGCGCAACUUAAAGACGUUGCACUGCAGUUUCCAUUGCAACGUUCAUCAAAAUGCUAGCAAAGAUUCUUCUAUUGCUUGCUCUUCUGGUAUUGGUUCGAGGAGAUCCAGAGGCCCCGAUUGUCCGUCUUGCUCCAUAUUCUCCUUCUGGCUGGCAACCGCAGAUUCCCUUUAAUCUACCCAAUGAGUAUCUACCGGCUAGGAGCUCGUAUCCGCGUGUAGAGGUAACCAAGGCGCGAGUGGAGCAAGUGUAUCCUUCCCAACAAUUGGAUAUACCCGAAGCAGUGAGUAAGCAGCCCAGCUCCCGUCCUGCAAACCAAUAUGGUGCGCCAGAUCCAGGCUUCAAAAUAGUUUACCCCGAUGAGGAGGAGCCUGUAUCACCUAAGGAUUCAGCUGAACCCAAUCAACCAAACAUCAGGGAAGGACGCUACUUUAUAAUAUCCCAGGAUAACAAACUCCAGAGAGUUACAUUCAGUUCGGAGCAGGAUGGAAACGAUGAGGAUUUUACAGCCCGUUUGAGUUACUCCACUGUGGGACAGCUCAAGGAUCCUGUCUACCGAUACAAUAGCCAGGGACAGUUGGAGCGGGUGCUGAAGAAGUAAUUAUUAAUUAUGUGACAUUUAU